AAAAUUCAAGGUGCUUCACCUGCCAGCAACUCUCUAUCAAGACAUCUCCAAAACGAAAGUCAUGAUGGUGGUCUUGGCCCUUCUGCUGAGUGUCACUGUGGCAAUGGCUGCACCUCAAGAACGAUGGGUCAAUGAUUAUGACCAGCCUCUCAAUUUCCAGUGUGCCGACAGGCAGAGCAUCAGUAUAGUCAUCAGCCAGCAUGACAAUCGCCACGAAGAUCGUGUUUGGGAUUUUGCUUGUCAGAACACUUUCAGCACAGCUUCUUGUUCCUGGACCGGAUACGUCAAUGACUUUGAUCAAGAGUUCAGUUUCAUCUGCCCAUUCGGCUCAGUCAUAUCUGGCAUGCAGAGCUACCAUGAUAACAAAAGAGAAGACAGAAGAUGGAGCUUCCUUUGCUGCCAAGGAGAAAAUCAAGUUACCCGUAACUGCAAAUGGAGUGAUUACGCAAAUAAUUUUGAUGCCUACUUGAGAUGGGAUGCGCCUUUCAAUACAUUCCUGACUGGUGCGCACAGCUACCAUGAUAACAGCAAAGAGGACAGACGCUGGAAGUACCACUACUGUGAGAAGAGUGCUUGAGCCAAAGAAAAUACUGUCAUAAAUACACCAUCAAAACUAGAGCCUUGCUCCCAGAUGUAAUACCACCUCUAGCCUCCUGGUGAUGCAACAAUUUAUUUGUGAAAUAAUUCUGGUGUAUUAUAUAAUGUGAUAUGACUUUUCAAACAUGAUCAUUAUUUGGCAUUCUG